CACGCCGUCAGCAUCAGUUACUUACGAACUCGCGUACCGCAUAGUCGGCAGUAGGCAGUUGUCGGCCUUCAAGCUGAACGGGCUCCGUUCCCGCCGAGCUUUCAAAACAGCAUAGCAUUAAACAAGUCGAUUUCGUCGUUGCACGCAGUGUCGCGUCGAUUAUUAAGGAAACGAUAAAUUUUCACGCAAAUAUUUGUGCAACUGAUCGCAUCGUACAGUGUAUAAGGACACCCUGAACGUGGUGCAUGGUGCUUUUCUGUAGACCUCUUAUUAUAUUGUACCGUUUAUAGGACAAGACGCUCGUCUGAUUCGGAACGGAUUGUUAUUGUUUUUUUUUGUUAUUAAAUCGUGACCGUUUGUUCGUUUCGGAACAGUUUUAGAGACAGUGAAAGGAAAUCAUGGUUUUCUCUGUCAAGUGUUUCUUCUUAUGUUUCCUGGCGUUUGUUAUUUUACCCGCGAAUGGACGGAGCGAAGCUUUUCUCACAGCACCGUUACCAGCUUACGCACGGGGAUUGGCGGCUUAUGACGUCACUGAGACCAACCGGCGAGCGGAGAUUCUCCAGCGUCUCGACGACGACGAAGGUGACGACGACGAUGACAACGACGACGGCGACGACGAAGACUCAAUUCUGAAAAACGCAAUCAACGGGCGAACCGUCGAGCAACGUGGAGGCUCCGUUUACGUUAUAGAGUUCGAAUCUGAAACCGACGAUGUCAAAGAUGCGUCGACGAAUAACACAACUGAGAGCGUCCAGGCAACAACCAACAGUCCUCUGGAUCCCUGGUCGAUCGUCUGGUACAUCGGAUCCUUCGGAGGUCUCGUGGCGUUCUUCCUCGUCGUUAGCUGUUCGGAAUGGUGUUGUCGCCGCGGGGCCCGCCCGAUGGGCAUCACGUACACUCAACCCGGUGAACCGGACAGCACGUCCUUCGGGGUCCAAGACGCGCCGCCCCCGCCUUAUCACCUCUUCGCACCGCCGCCGUACGACUCGAUAUAUUACGGCGAUAUCACGGACAAGACCUCGGGCGAGAAAUUGGACAUAUUCGUGAUCGCGGUGCCGCAGGUUCACGGAGCUCCGCCGAGGCAGACGGACACCUAGUGACUCGUCGAGGAUAAUCUCGUCGCCUAUGACGAGGCGAUUACUGAGACUGACCUUGACCGGUGUUUGAACAUAUCCUGCACCCUGCGGAUGGGCGAUCGGGAACUUUGUCGUGUUUGCCCGCGAGGAUCCUUCGGAAAUAUUCAGGUCUUCUACUCGUUCUUGACGGAACGCGAGAUGAUGAAGACGCGGAGGUACCUGCACUCGUGUCGAGAUGUUGCAGCGGUCGAGUUAAUUAGAUGCAGUUCGUAGCGAGAGGAAAACGGAUGACGAAGAUCGUGAUCAUUGAGAUAUUCAAUCAAUGAAGAAGUGUAUGUUGAGCAAAUUCGGACCAAGCUGGGUAUAACGCCUGCAGUGGUUGUGUUAUCGAAGAAACUAAUUGUACCUGUACAUAUGCAGUGAUGAAAUUUCUGGAUCCAAUCGUAGGAUAGGUCGAUGUGUAUAUAUACAUAUAUUAUAGAUAGAUAGGUUUAUAAACAUAUAUAGUGAUUUACGAAAAGUAAUAUAAUACUUGAUUGUACAGUAUAUUGAUAUCCUAAAGUUGACGAAGGUAUAAUACAAUUCUGGAUUUUAUUGUCAGGUAUAGGUAUAAUACUUUGCGAGCAAAGUGUCGUUAAAUCAAUUCCUAUAUAUCAAUUCAGUUUAAUUAAUCGAGGACAUCGGACGUUGUUCGUGUACUAUAACCGUCGUAUACAUACGUAUAUACACACACGCACACGCACAUAUAUGAAACACGCUGAACGCACCCUUUUUAUAACCUUCCUAAUGUCUGCCGUGAAACUUAUAUACUGCCAUAAAAGCCAACGUGUGAACGGAGAUGAUUUUCGUAGGGGUGAAUAACUGUUAUACGUAUUGCUGCAAUAAACAAUUGUGUGAUCACGGGAAAAUCGAACAGACCUUUAUCAGAGCAUAAUGAUUUUUUCUUUUCUAUUUCUCUUUUUCCAAAACAACCAACCUUCGACGUCGUCGCGCACGUCGGAAAACGUUGGCAAGGGCGUCGUUGAAUACCGUAACGUACGUAUGCAUAUAGAUUGGCAUAUCUAUGCAUAUAAAACGGGCUCGAACGAGAUUGAACAGAGCUGUAUAAUGUGAUGCGAAGUGAUUGAUUUCUAUCUUUGGGUUAUAAGAGGGAAGAAACUUAUUCUCCAUUCGCAUUGCGUACCUACAUAUUUUCACAAAUAUCUGAUGAAUUGAUUAAUCCGUUCUUUAAAUAUCGAGGGCACAGUUUUAUCAUUCCAUCGCAUCGUUGAUGUUUGUUAUAAGAUUUAAACUAUUUAUCUGUGACAUACUUUGAA